CAGCACGCAUCGUCACUACGUCACUGUCCAACAUGGCGGCGCCGCUGCCCGGCAGAUGCGGCUUCUUCGUGGAGAAGAAGAAACGUUUCUGUAAAAUGAUCGUCGCGAGAGGAAAAGUGUUCUGCGGAGAGCACGCGACCCAGGAGGAAGGAGGCAGCAGCAGGAGGAUCGCAUGUCCUCUGGACCCCAAACACACUGUGAGUGAAGACCAGCUGGACAAACACCUGAAGAAGUGUAACUCCAGAGAGAAGCCAAAGCCGGAGGAACUCAACAACCCGAAGAAUGGAGACUCCGCCCACAAACACCUCAGGCAGCAGUCGUCCAUCUUAGGUCACCUGGAGGCGCUGGGGCUGCUGGGAAGGGGGCGGUGCUUCGUGGAGUUUGGAGCCGGGCGAGGGAAACUGUCUCACUGGAUCCACGAAGCCCUGAAGACCCCAAAGACCCAGGAGACAUCAGAGAACCAGGAGGAUCUGCAGAUUCUUCUGGUGGAGCGCUGCAGCACUCGCUUCAAGGUGGACGGGAAACAUCAGGACGCUGGAGUUGAGUUUGAGAGGCUGCAGGUCGACAUUCAACAUCUGGAUCUGAGUAAGAGACAAACAUCUGCAGCCAGUCAGCCACAUAGCCAGUUAGCCAGUCAGCCAGUCAGCCAGUCAGCCAGUAAAGUGCCGCUGCUCCGUCAGAAGAAGCUCCCUCUGGUCGGAGUGGGGAAACACCUGUGUGGAGCAGCAACAGAUCUGGCUCUGCGCUGUCUGAUGGAGACUCCUGGACCCAGAGAGCAGACAGAGCCGCCCCCCAAACGCCUCAGAACCUCAGAACGAGAACCAGACCCAGACCCAGACCCAGACCCAGCCGGCGGUCCCGGCCCGGUUCUGGGCGUGGCGGUGGCGCUGUGCUGCCACCACCGCUGCGAGUGGCGCCACUACGUUGGGCGGAGCUUCUUCCUGCAGCGAGGACUUGGAGCCAAAGAGUUCUCGGCCUUCUGCCGCAUGUCCAGCUGGGCCACCUGUGGGCUCAGACCGGCCAAUCAGGACGCUCCCCCUCAGGGUCAGGAGCCCACCAAUCAGAGAGGAGAAGAAGAGCACGAACCGGCAGAGGAGGCGGACGCUGUGAUUGGGUUCCUGACGGCGGCCGAGCGCGAGCACGUGGGCCGUCUCUGUAAGCGUCUGAUCGAUGGCGGCCGACUGGACUUCCUGGAGACGCACGGCUUCACCAGCACACUGACUCGCUACGCCAGCAGUCAGCUGACCCUGGAGAACAUCCUGCUGACUGCUGUCCCACAGGUUCCGCCCACAUCCUGA